GCAGCCGUGUGUUUGUCAGAACUCGUGACUCUCCGGCUGUAAAUCGGAGCGAUGGCCGAGCUGAUGUUUGCUGUGCCACUGCUGCUCCUGACCCUCGGCCUUAGUUCAGGACAACAGUCCAGCUCACUGUGGCCUCUCCCGCAGAAAGUGCAGAGCUCCGAGGUUUCAUUCAAGAUAAUCGGUUCUAGCUUCAGCAUCGUUGACGCGAGAGAGUCCUCUGCUGGGCCGAGCUGCAACGUCCUGCAGAACGCCUACAGGAGGUAUUAUGAAUACAUGUUUGGUGGCAAUAGAAGACGGUGGCAGAACAAAAACAGGCAAACGGGGCCUUCUGAGCUGUCACAGCUGCAGGUGUGGAUCACAUCACCUGACUCGGAGUGUGACGGCUACCCCAGUAUCACGGCGGAUGAGUCAUAUGAACUGUCAGUGGAUCAGCCAUUUGCUGUCCUGAAAGCACCAAAUGUUUGGGGGGCCCUGCAUGGUUUGGAAACGUUCAGCCAGUUGGUCUAUGAAGAUGAUUAUGGCGCAAAAAGCAUCAAUUCCACGAAAAUCAGCGACUUCCCCAGAUUUGCACACAGAGGCAUCUUAUUGGACAGUUCCCGCCAUUUCCUGCCCAUCAAAGUCAUCUUGACCACUCUGGAAACUAUGGCAAUGAACAAAUUCAACGUUUUCCACUGGCACAUUGUUGACGAUCAAUCCUUCCCUUACCUGAGCCGAACAUUCCCACAGCUGAGCCAGAAGGGAGCUUACCACCCAUACACACAUGUGUACACGCCUGCUGAUGUGAAGAUGGUGGUGGAGUUUGCCCGUCUCCGAGGCAUUCGUGUCAUCUCAGAGUUCGACACUCCCGGACACACACAAUCCUGGGGCAAAGGUCAGCCAAAUCUGCUCACCCCCUGCUAUACUGGCGCUGGACCUUCCGGUACCUUUGGACCAGUGAAUCCCACGCUUAAUAGCACGUAUGACUUUAUGAAGCAGUUCUUUCAGGAGAUCAGUUCUGUGUUCCCUGACGCUUAUAUUCACCUGGGAGGUGAUGAGGUGGACUUCAGCUGCUGGAGGUCCAACCCAGACAUUAAGACGUUCAUGGUUCAGCAGGGCUUUGGAGAUGACUACAAAAAAUUAGAAUCCUUCUACAUUCAAAAACUCUUGGACAUUGUCGCUGCCACUAAUAAGGGCUACAUGAUCUGGCAGGAGGUUUUUGACAAUGGUGUUAAGCUGAAACCAGACACACUUAUCCACGUUUGGAAAGGAACCCAGGAGAAAUACCAGGAUGAGAUGGCAAAUAUAACAUCAGCGGGGUACCGAACCCUGUUGUCGUCUCCCUGGUACCUGAACCGUAUCUCCCUAGGCCAGGACUGGCGGAACUAUUACAAGGCUGACCCACAGGAUUUUAAGGGAACUGAGGAGCAGAAGAAACUAGUCAUUGGUGGAGAAGCUUGCUUGUGGGGAGAAUACGUGGAUGCCACCAACCUGACACCUCGACUCUGGCCUCGUGCCAGUGCUGUGGGCGAGCGGCUGUGGAGCGCCAUGGAUGUGAAGGAUCUCAAUGAUGCCUUUAACAGACUGUCCAUGCACCGCUGUCGCAUGGUGGAGCGUGGAAUCCCAGCAGAGCCGCUGAUUUACAGCUACUGCCCUCGUGAGUACAACGGCAUCUGAAGAGUUGAGAAGUUGACCACGGGGACAGAAAAGGAUCCAAAUCCAUAUGUUGUAAACACCAUGCUUUCAUUUUUAAACUGAGAAAUCAAAUGCUGAACAUCCUUUUGUACAGAAACUGUACACUGACGAUGCCUUGAAGCACUGAAAUGAAGUUAUCUUUUGAUCUGCAGAAUCCUUGAAUGUCCUGAAUUUUGCAGCAGUACACUUUGUUUUGUAAAAUUGUAAUUAAAACAUGUAUAAUUGUGAAAAUAAAA